GGAAGGCACCACCGCGGCGGCGGCGGCGGCUGCAAGUGCAAUGGACGUCAACACGGCUUUGAGAGAGGUGCUGAAGACCGCCCUGGCCCACGACGGCCUCGCGCGAGGAAUUCACGAAGCUGUCAAAGCCUUAGGCAAGGGCCAAGCCCGUCUGUGCGUGCUCGCCACCAAUUGUGAUAAACCGAUGUACAUCAAGUUGGUGGAGUCCCUCUGUGCCGAGCACCGGACCCACCUCAUGAAGGUUGAUGACAGCCGGAAACUCGGGGAAUGGGCAGGCCUCUGCAAAAUCGAUCGGAAGGGGAGACCCCGUAAAGUGAUAGGUUGCAGCUGUGUGGUGGUGAAGAACUAUGGGAAAGACUCUCAGGCCAAAGAUGUCAUUGAAGAGUACUUCAAAUGCAAGAAAUGAACGGCAACCACAAAACUGGCGCAUUUUUCUUUUUAAGUUCCUAAAAACGUAGAAAAGUAGUAGUAUCUCAAAGUCUGGAGUUUUCGCCGGAAAUGGCAGCACUUUUUAGGUUUUCUUCCAAAUGUAAAUUUCGUGUAUUAUGUUCUUAUUUACCAUGGAAA